AAAGGGCUGCGCGUCCAACCCCCCUCCUGACCCGGCGAGGCACCCUCGCUUGGUCCCCAAUCUCGCGAUUCGGGCCCUCCCCGGCGACCCUCUGGUGAGGCGCGGUCCUGUCACCCCCACCCUCUCGCCGUCCGGCGAGGUCCUAUGCCGCCGGCUACCUGCGGCCUCUGGACGUCAGCGCAUCGCCCGCUCGCCUGUGUGGUACCCCCACAUGCUCCCCAAUUUCUUGCGUCUCUGUCCCCCUGCCGGCGUCUCUCUGGUGAGGCUGCUCACGCCGACCAGAUCCUCCUCCCGACGGGGCUCCUCACGACCAGUGCCGCUCCCUCACUAUUUCCCAGAGAUGCAGGACAUGGAUCUGCAUUUGGUCCAUCACCGACGAGAUCUCGGGCGACUUCGAGAGGGCCGUGAUCCUGUGGUCGCUCGCCAACGAGGCGGCCAAGAAGUGGCAGCCCGGGAACUGCAUGCUCGUCGAGAUCACUUGCACGCGCCGCUCCACGCAGCUCUUCGCCGUCAGGUAGGCGUACCAUGUCGCUUGAGGAGGACAACGCUACGCACGUCAAAGGAGACUUCUGCAAGCUGUUGUUGCCACUUGUAACUGCACACCGCUAUGAUGGACCAACAAGGUUGGCACACUCAGAACCCAAAAUACUUCAUGAGAAGAUCCAUUACAAGUCUUACAGUGAUGAUGAGAUCACCAGAAUCCUCACCACUAGGAGCAAAGCUCAGCUGCUUGCUACAUUCAAUUAUAACAAUGAUGCAUUUGGCCACCCAAUCAGCAAGGUUGCACUCACUUCAUUUGUUCUACAAAACUGUAAGUAUUGACCCUGUCAUUUAGGUGAUUGCUGUGCACAUUUUUUUAUUUUCCUGAUUCGAUUGCAGGCUAGAAAUGCCAUUGUGUAAGAGGUCAAAAGCCAGCUGAAAGAAUGACAACAACGGACAAGACUGUUCUUCAAGCAGAUAGCGAAUAAAUUUGGAUUUAUUAUUCAAUUUGUAUUCCUUGUUUACGUGGUGUGAUUGGAAAUAUUGUACUGCCGCUACUUGGAACAAUUGUUGCAUUGCCUACGUACUGGCACAGGUGAAUUGUUUUUAAUCCAGUGUACCAUCAUUGUCUUCAAAUAGCUAAAAUAUGAUCUUGUUGGGCACUCAA